GAGGUCUAUUGGGAGGGCAAGGAGGAAGCGGCCGGUCCGCUAAGGCGGCAUUACAAUGCUCCAGGGCCGCGAGAGCUUGAUUCGGGUUGUAGGGAAGCAGCAACGCAGUGUGUCACUCCAGGACGCUCCGCCAGCUCAGAUACUUGCCUGCCAAGUGGGAAGAAAAACUCGUUCUAGAUGUCUUCCAGACACACUUCAGAGACUGCACCAUUGGACUUGUGCAUGGAUUUCUUUCUAUCCAGUCCGAAGCUCGCUUAUUGAAUCUCCUCUUCAAGCCAUAUGCGAUGGUGGAGCUAGGCAACUCGUCGUGGAAGCACUCUGGGAGGUUAACUGGGAGAAUGAAGACCUCCACACAAUUACGGGAUUGUCAGUGAUUCAUAUGCUUCUUGCAGAAAACCAAGGAGGGCAAAACUGGUCGAAGCCAAGGGUCCGGGAGAUUGCUUGUCCGAGCAACAGGUGGCCUGGUUUCUUAUUCUCUCGGAUGCCAGGCACGCUAUGCAUGAGCUCCUCGGCCUCCUCCAGCCCUCCAGACUUGGCAUAGUCAUAACUGGUGGCAUUUAGAGCUUUGUCAUCUAGAGGGUGGUCCAGCUGAGAACGUGCUACGCAUAUUUGACACCCGUAUAUGGGGAGACCACGAAAGAGCUGAAAGGGAUACAUUUGCGGUGAGCUUAAACGCGUUGGAAUUUUUGCUGUGUCUUCAAGUAAACAGAUUUGGAGAUCACAUCACGAAGCUCUUUGUGGACAAGUCCACAUGAUUUUCUGGUCCUUUGGUCACUGGUUCAAAGCUCUUUAUUGCAGAGGCCAAACAAUUACUCUCAUAUUUGAAUCAACGGUGAGAAAUGUUGUCAAAGUGACCUCACUCUGAGCAUAAACGAUUGGUUCUACAGAGGAGA